GCUCUGCAGGAAGCUCCCAGUCAUGACUGUGUGAGCGGUGAGACGAGAGCGAAGCGCGGAGCGUGCCUGCAACACCUCCUCUCCUCUGGCUGCAAACUUCAGACAACAACCUCUUUAUGAUGUGUGAAUGGAAAAGCGCGCUGGAGUUUGAUUUGAUGGCUUUUCGAUAUCAGAAAGUGGAAUGGAUUUCGCUGAGAAGAACAGACAGUUUGACUGGAUCCUGUGCGGAUGAAAUUAAGUUUUUAAAGGAUUUAUAGAAAGGGGCUCUUGGUGGGUACAGUUCGUGCUGUGGCCCUGCAGAUAAUUUUCACUGUGUAAUGCAUGUUUCUGAAAGCUGGGUGUAAUUUUCUUAAAACUCCAAAGAGCGACAGCUUCCUCUUGUCAUGAAAAACCUCACCAUGGAUAACAUGACUGUGGAGAAUGACACGUCGGUGCACGACAACCAGACCCUUGGAGUGUGGACUGACUAUUCAUUUGAAUACAAGGUGGCCAGCGUGUUUUUGGUGUCCCUAAUAUGUGGGGUUGGGAUCGUGGGGAAUGUGAUGGUCAUACUGGUAGUCUUGACCACCAAACACAUGCGGACUCCCACUAACUGUUACCUUGUGAGCCUGGCGGUGGCUGACCUGAUGGUCCUUACGGCCGCCGGGCUGCCCAACAUCACCGACGCCCUGCACGGGCAGUGGGUGUACGGCUACGCGGGCUGCUUGGGCAUCACUUAUUUCCAGUACCUGGGGAUAAACGCGUCCUCCUGCUCCAUAACCGCCUUCACAGUGGAGCGCUACAUCGCCAUUUGCCACCCCAUUAAAGCGCAAUUCUUGUGCACUCUAUCCAGGGCUAAGAAAAUCAUCAUGCUGGUGUGGGCGCUCACCUCUGUUUACUGCAUCAUGUGGCUCUUUCUGUCAGACACUAAAAAGUUGAUCUACGACAACGUGGUGCUGCUCACCUGCGCCUACAAGGUGUCCAGGAGUCACUACCUGCCCAUCUACUUCACGGAUUUCACGGUGUUCUACGUGCUCCCUCUCAUGCUGGCCACGGUUCUCUACGGACUGAUCGCCAGGAUACUUUUCAUCAAUCCGCUGCCUUCGGAUCCCAAGGACAGCACCAAGAAGUGGAAGAAGGAGACGACUCAGGGAGGGAGGAUGAUUAGCACCAGCUCCUCCAGCAGCACCACGGCUGCCUCCCGCAGACAGGUGACAAAGAUGCUCGCUGUAGUGGUGAUCCUGUUCGCCUUACUUUGGAUGCCCUACCGUACCUUGGUGGUGGUCAACUCUUUCCUGGACAAGCCUUACCUGGACACCUGGUUCCUGCUCUUCUGCCGUCUCUGCAUCUACCUAAACAGCGCCAUCAACCCCAUCAUCUACAACGCCAUGUCUCAGAAGUUUCGUGCCGCUUUUAAGAAAUUGUGUCACUGUGGCCCUCAGCGCAUGGAGAAGCCCGCUUCCUACAGCGUGGCCCUCACCUACAGUGUCAUCAAGGAAACGUCCAACGGGGAAAGUCCUGACCACUUCACCACAGUUAUGGAUGAGCUCCAUACGCCGUCUGCUCAGUACCUACCUGCCAGCGUCCUGCCAAAUGCCAAAAAGAUGGCGUAUGAAGAGCCUUCUCCGUCGAGCAGGGAUGUCAAGGCCUGACUAGAACCAACCUUUCUACCUGAAGAUGGUUUCAGAGAUUCUGACAUGUAUUGAGUAUACAGGUUCCAGCUUUAUUUCUCAAGAUUUUUUCCUCUUUUAAAUGUUUGUUUUAUUUGACAACAAAAUUUGCCAGAAGACAAAUACGAUGCAAUGGGAUGAGCUGCCCCGUGCUGUAGGCUUUCUUGCAUUUUUGUGUGAAAUGCAAGAAGAAAAGGUGACCUGAGACACAGCAGUUUCUGCAGAGAAAAUAUCAAAAAAUAGGAAGUCUUAAUUAUUAAUGCAGGAAGUGAUCCUCCUCAGCCCUAUGAUGUAACACAAAAGCACCUUUUCUAUUAACUUUACCAUAAGCUUUACAGUAUAAACUUGCAUGGCACCAAUUUGUUAUAAGUUACUGUAUAGCUGUAUGACAGAUUUGUCUGAAGUAGGGUGCCUUCUCAUCUCAUCUUUCUCUCACUAAACAAAACCAGACUGUUAAAUAAGACAUUAAAGUAGUAGUAACAGUCAAAAGGAAAUUUCAUUAGUGGAUAUCAAAGGUCUUUGUGAUAAUAGCCUUGCCAUUAGGGACCUUUACGGCAAGUUUAAAAUGAUUUAGCUGUCUAGCUUAACUCUUUGUUUGUUCCCAUUAGUCUGAUAGUGCCACUCUCAGCCACAGCAGGCAGCUGUUUUCUACAAACAGCUCUUGCUCUCUCGCUCCAUACUACCCGCUCAGUAUGAAACAGCAGACAGACAGAUUUAGCAAAUGCUGCUGUGGAAGUUGAGCAGAUCAGAUAUUCCCCCAGGAGUCCCCAUUUGGUCAAAUAUUUCAUAUUUAAACUCAAUUUGCCAGCUGAUCAGAAACAUUUUCUCUGCAAGUGAACAAAAAAAGGAGAAACUCCAGAGUGUGCCUGAAACACUGCUUAAUCCCUAGUCCAUUCCCUCAUUAUCAAACAGUACUUAAAUAGUCAGCUUCAGACAGAAGUAUAUACCUAAAAUGGACGUUCACUCAUUUUCAUUUCAUUUUCUUAACCGCUUGUUCAACUCGGGUUUGCAGGCAGCUGGCGCCUAUCCCAGCUAUCAUAGGGUGAAAGGCAGGGUGCACCCUGGGCAGGUCGCCAGUCUUUUGCAAAGCAAUCACAUGGAGACAGACCACCAUCCACACUCACAUUCACAGCUAAGAGCAAAUUAGAAUCACCUGUUAGCACAACACACGUCCUUGAGGGAAGCAGGAGCACCCACAGUGACUCCACACAGGCACAGCAACAACAUACAAUGGAUUCAAACCUAGGACCUGGCUGUGUGGUGAAACAUUGUUUAUGUACAAUUGUUCUUCAUAUUUAUGGCCAAUGUGACUGUUGAGCGAUCACUUUCUAUUUGCUUGACUCUGCCCAGCUCCUUCUACCUGUUCUGGGAAUGGAGCUCUUUGUUUCCUUUGCCCUGAAGUGGUUAUUUGCAGUUAGAUGAUUACUUUUUUCACCGGAAGAAGGUCAUUGAUUAUAGUUUGAUAUCCAGAAAUUGCAUACCACAUUGCACACGGACAACUAAUCGUAGUAGUAUUCUGUUACAUCGACAGUUCGGUUGAUGACUUUCUGUUAGUCAAAUGGCAUUUUGAUAUAAUUUCAUUCUCUUGGCUAGUAUGUGUUAGCAUGGAGCAGGUGCCCAUGUCAUAUUAUUCCUUUUGUUAAUCUUAGUCACAGGACACGGCAAUAUUCAUGAGUAGACAAGGAGGAUGUGAACCCUCUACCAUGACAUGCAAUCACACGGGACUAAAGUUGAAAUAGCAACACACUGGUGAAAAACUAAAAGAAAAAUAAAGAUAAAUUAUUUCAAUGGGGUGGAUAACUAGAUGCUACCACAGGUGAUCAAGAGUUUACAGUGAACCUAUAAAUGUGGUUCAUUUAGACAUGUCCCAGCAGAUUCCCGGGUUCAAGUUUUCAUUUUAUUUAUCAUCACGCAUUUUACAUGUAAAGUUUAUCUGUAAUGUAACUAAGUGCUUUUGCUGUAAAGUAACAUUUUACUUUAUUUUAUGUUUACAUUUUUGAGUGUUCUGUACAAUAUUAGACUUUUGUUUUGUUUCUGUGCUUGGACCGCAUACAAUGUAUCACCUGUACAUCAAAGCCUCUCAUUUCCCAGUCAAUGGAAUGUUCUGUCAUGAUAAAUAUUUAUAUUGUUUGCAUUACCCAGCCCCGUAGGAUAUCGUUUUACCAGCCCUACCAUACACAAAAGCAAAUACAAAACUGUUUUUCCUUUGCUAAUGUACCACUAGAAGCCCUGUAUUUCACAUAAAUCUAAUGCACAUGACAUUUUAGCCUUGCUACAGCACUACAGGGAAAACACAGAUGUGGAAUUAUGUGACCUUUUAAAAAUAGGACCAAAUAUGAAAACAACUUUAACUUGCUUUCUCACUUUAAAAUCCUCUGAUGUCUAACGAUUUCUCUGUGGAUUUCAAACUAAACAGUGACAAACACUAAAGUCUUCUGUUGGCUACUGUGACUAUGACUGCUGUGGAAUCAGAGCCCGUGGGGGGUGAGUGGCCGGUGUAUCAUAAUGAGAAAAGAGGAAUGUGUAGCUGUGAUGUGCAGAAAGAGAGGCUGUUUGUUAAAGGGUCCAGUAACAGUCGUGACAGUAAUUCAUUGAAACUGCAGAUUGCAGCACUUUUGUGGGAUUUAUCCGCUCAGCAAAACCCAACAGAGCAAUGAUGGAAGGUGUAAAUAGAUCGCAACGACGUGCCAUACUUGAGCUGGCGCAAUCCACACUGUGUAUAUAGCUCACACCCCGCUAUUAAAGGAUGAAUUUUCUAGUGUUUCUUUGAGCUACGUGUACAGUGUGUGUAAACUGAAGACGGCUCAAAGGGAUAAAUAAGUAAGGAGCUCAGUGAGAAGGGCCUUUUUUGUGCUAAUCUGAAGGCUUUUUUCUGUCAAUAUUGUGAAGUUGCUUGAAAUUGAUUGUGCAGUGCAAUGUGAAAUUCAAUUGGUAUUGUGUUUUCAAACGUGUGCCAGCAAAAUGGAAUUUGUAUUUUUAUUUUUUUUGAAAUAAUAGCUCAUUUUGAUCUAUUGUUCCAACAGUGUGUUUGCUAUCAUUUCACAACAGCGGGUGGGGGCUGAACUCCGAAGUGGAAGAACAACACCGUGGUUUGUAGUAGUCGUAGCGUAAAGUACCUCUUAUUCGUACAAGUUUCAAUUUCUUCCUUUGUUCUCGGUUGAAACAUAUUUCAUUUCUUUGACGAACAGCUGCAAUGGAGAUUUUGUGUUCUGCACAGUGCACUGUCUGCAGCAUGAACUCAGGCUUUUGUGAAGUGCUACCUGAUGAGUUUCCAUCUGAUGCAGUGUGGGGUUUUUUUGUGCACUUUUCUUUCUGCAGGUGGCUUUUCUCUGCUUUAGCUGUUUGAUGGCUUGUUUUGUAUUUUGUAACCUUCUUUGUCAAUAAUAAACACAGAGGAUAAUUACA